GCCGCCCCGAGUUACUUGGAGCCGGUCGGUCCCGGUCCUGGCGGCGGCGGCGGCACCAUGGACACCUCCGCGCGGCCCCGGCUCCGCCCGCCGCUCCCCGCGCUGCUGCUCCUGCUGCUGCUCCUGCCAGGCACCCGGGCGGCGGUGCAAGUGCAGGUGCAGGUGCCAGCGCUGGUGGAGACAGAGCUUGGCGCCCGAGUCACCAUACCCUGCAGCUACAACGUCUCGGGGCGCGCGGGCCCCCCCCUGGUUGAGUGGUUCAUCACAGAGCGCAGUGGGGAGCGGCGCCGCGUGGCCUUCACCGAAGGCGGCCGCAGCGCAGUGGACACAGGCACGGAGUACACAGGGCGCUUGGUGCUGGACCCCCAUCAUGGGCUGGAGCUGGAGGCUGCCAGCCUCGCCGACGAGCGCGUCUUCUCCUGCCAGGUCACGGCCGGCACCGCCGGCAGCGCUGAGGGCACUGCCCAGGUCCGCGUCUAUGCCACUCCCGAGCCCCCUGAGGUGCGUGUGAACCCCUGGGCGCUGUCGGUGACAGAGUCGUCGGCAUCAGAGGUUGCCACCUGCAUCAGCCGCAACGGGCACCCGCUGCCCACCCUGACCUGGUCCAAGGACGGGGACCCCCUGGACACCCCUCCCGAGCGCAACGACGAGCUGUACGCGGUGCUGCGCAGUGUGCGCGAGGCCUCGGGGCUGCGCUCCGCCUCCAGCACCUUGUACCUGCGGCCGCGCAAGCGGGACCGCGCCGCACGCUUCCGCUGCCACGUGACCUUCCCGCGCCCCCACGGGCCCCCUGGCCGCACCGCCUCCAGCCCCUUCACCCUGGUGCUGCACUACUACACGGAGAACGUGAACUUCACCCUGGAGUCCCCCCACGGUGGCAUCACCAAGGAGGGGGAUGACGUGGUGCUGCGUUGCCACGGCGACGGCUACCCCAGCCAGGCCUACACCUUCAACACAGUGGAGGGCCGUGACCUGGGCACGAGCGCGGACGGGCGGCUGGCGCUGCCGCGGGUGACGCGGGCGGACACGGGCACCUACCGGUGCCGUGUGCUCGACUUCGACAGCCCCCCCGAGGUGCAGCUGGAGCGGGAGCUCAGCUUGCACGUGCACUACCUGGACACACCGGUGCUGCAGCCCAGCAAGAUGGCCACCGUGCCGCUGGGAGGGGACCUGGAGCUGCGCUGCGCCGCGACCGGCUCUGAGGCCCCCCAGCUGGCCUGGAAGAAGGGGCAGGACUGGCUGGGCCCGGGCCCUGUGCACACGCUGCGCACGGUCUCCUACAGCGAUGCCGGGCCUUACACAUGCGAGGCAGCUGUGCCCAGCGUGCCCGGGCUGCAACGCAACGAUACGGUCCACAUCGUGGUAGAAGGGCCGCCCAAGAUGGAGGACCCAGAGCCAGUUUUUGGUCGUGAGGGGGACCUUGUCCGUCUGUCGUGCCAGGCUCAGGGGCACCCCCUGCCCCACAUCACCUGGAGCCUGCAUGACGUCACGCCAGAGGACAGCGGCGCUGAGGGCCAUGUGAACAGCACUGUGUGGGUGCAGAUGACACCUGAGCUCGCUAAUGAUGGUGUCCGGUGCCACGCUCACAACCGCUAUGGCGAGGCCGAGACCAGCUUCAGCCUCCGCAUCCUAGGGAAGAUCACGUUCGUGCCCACUGUGCCCACCACGCACCCCACAGGGGGGCCCUUGGCCGGUCCGGGGGCUGCAGUAGUGGCCGUGGUGGUCUGCGUCCUGGUCCUGCUGCUUGUUGUCGGCUGCUUCUACGGGCUCCAGCGACGCCGGCACCUGCCGUGCAGGGGGGGCGGCGAGAAGCGCUCCCUGACCCCCAGGGCCGGGGGGGUCACAGCACCAGGGGGGGCCACGGAGCUGCGGCCGGAUGGGACAGAGCAGAGUCGGGGGUUGCUGAGCCCAGGGGGGGGGCCUGGCCCCGAGUGCUGAGACUUCCCCAGAGCGGCUGGGAUAAGGAGGAAGAGAAGACUCCAUCCCCCACACUGCACCCCGUCCUAUUGGCCUCGCUGACCCACCCCCACCCAUCUAUCCGUCCUGCUGUCUGGGGGGGGUCCAGGUAGUCAUCACACUGGUUUCACUGGGGGGAGUGAGGGGAACCCAGAUGUCCUAGCCCCUCCAGCCCCCCACCCCCUUCCCCCACCAUUCCUGGCUGGUGGGGAAUGGGGGGGCAAGGGGACCCCCCCACUACCCUGCCAGCCUGGGAGGGCUGGUUUGGUGGCGGGGGGCACGUGCAUGUAGCCAAUAAAGAGCUGUCAGCGA